AUGUCAAUUCCAGAAAUAGCUUCAAAAUUAGUGAAAAAUUCAUUUACUGAAUUGAAGAAAAAUAGUUCCUCUUGUACUAUUAUAAUAGUUGGAAGUAAAAAUGUGGGAAAAUCGUCUUUAAUAAAUACUUUUCUUGAAAAAAAUGAAGCCCCACGAGAGACGUUGGUACUGGAAUAUUCUUUUGGAAGAAAGUCAAUUCAAAAACAUGGAAUUGACAAAACUAUAUGUCAUGUAUGGGAGUACGGAGGUAAAUUAGAAAUGAUGAAAGAAGCGCUUACUGCCGUUCCGGUAGAGCAUAAUUUCUAUUUUUGUAUUAUGGUUGACUUAAAUAAAAGCAGGAGUUUAUGGAACGUCUUAGAAAUUAGCUUGGAAACCAUUGCAAACAAUUAUAAGAAUCCAGAUACGUCACCGGAAAUAGUAAUUAUAGGAGGAAACUAUGAUCUUUUUAAAAACAUAGAAUCUGAACUGAAAAAACUCAUUUGCACUACCUUAAGAAGUGUUGCAUUUUUAUAUAAGGCACAUCUCAUAUUUUAUUCCCAAAAUGAGGCACCUUUAGUGAAGAAAGCAAAGGAUAUGUUUUAUGGAAUGGGGUUUGGUAAAGGUAUAUCUCUGAAGGAUAAAAAUACAAAUUAUUUAAAGCCUCUUAUAAUACCAAAGGGUACUGACAGCUGGGAAAAUAUUGGUGUGUCCCCGGAAAAUCUGGAUCAGAUAAAAGCGCGUUAUAUUUCAAAAAUAUCGUUGGAACCGACAAUAACAAUCAAAAGUAAUUACUCAGAGGUACAACGUACCCAUCCUGAACCCAUAUUGGAUUCGUUGGCAGCUUUAAAGUGUGAAGAAUUACUUAAUUUACAAUAUUUCGAUUCUUCUAUUAAAGAGCAUUUAUCUUGUUUAACAUAA